AAGGAUUGCAACAUGGCGGUAGCACCAGAACCAGGAAGCUCAGGCGGUGGGCAACCCUGUGGACCUCUCACUUACAAGAAAGAGGCGCUGUACAAAACCGGAUUCACACAGUUCCCAGAGGACUACCUUAGCAGGCGUGCAGAGCUUGUAGAGCACUUUUUUGAGCUCCCAGAUAAACGCAAAAUUUGCUACUGGACUGAUGGCGACAAAGCCAGCGGUGUGCCAAUUCUUUGCUUUCACGGAGGAUGUGAAGGAAAGUCCAAGUGGAUGCAGAAAAAAACUAUCCCAGGGGUUUUCCUGAUCGCCAUAGACAGGCCCAAUUAUGGCAGGAGCUCGCCUGUCCCUCUCACUUAUGCGUUCCCAGACGUUGUCAAAGACAUUGGGUUGCUUGCUGAUCAUCUUGGACUCGAUCAGUUUGUCUGCAUGGGUCAUUCUGUUGGCACUUGUUGGUGCCAGCAGAUUGCUGCAGCUCUGCCAAACAGGGUUCGCGGGAUCAUCCUCUUCGCUGCAAUGACGGAUCCAUGCGACCCAACAGCCGACUUAGAUGUGAAGCUAGCUGUGGGAUACUAUCCCAUGAAAGACUGUGGACCCUGCGGAAAGUGGGACUGCUGCUGUCACCCUUUCACUGGGUUGUGCGGCUGUAUCCCAAGAAAAAUUUUGAUGAGCAUGACGGGCCUUUCAAUGAAGUCCAUGGCAUGUAAGAUGGAAAUGCAGUUCAAAAAGGGUGGGAAGACAGGAUACGAGAAGUUCAUCCAAGAUCCGUUCUGGCAGGCAAGCAUGGUGGACAGCUGGUGCGCUCACGAGGACGGAAAGGCAAUUCUCGGGGACACAAAGCGGACGUUGUGUAACAAAUGGACUUACAACACAUCCGAUAUCAAGUGCCCCGUCUUCAUCUAUCAAGGGGAUGGUGACAUGGACGUGCAGGUGCCUGCGACGACGAAUCAGCUGCAGAAGCUCCUUCCUCACGCCAAGAUUGAAAUCAUCCACGACUACGGGCACAUCUGCACGAAUGGGCCCAACGACGAGACCGUGAGACGGGUGCUCAAGGCUGUCGCUGAAAUGCCAAGGCUGGACGCGUCAAGGGACACCCAGACAUCGAAAGACACACCAGAACCCGGCGCGGCCAUCACGACCGUGACCAACAACAACGCGUGA